AUGGAAGCUGCGAUCGAGGGCGUCGGGAAGACCCAGGAGAAGAAGAAGAAGAAGAAGGGCCCGCGAGAGUUCGAUUGGACCAAAGCGACCUUUGGCCACUAUGUCCUGAAGCUGGCCUACGUGGGCACCAACUACCAUGGCCUAGCAUGGCAGGAGCCGAGCACUUGCCCAACCGUCGAAGCGGCCCUCUUCGAGGCCUUGCAGAAGACUCGCCUCAUCCAGGACCGGCAGAGUUGCAACUUCUCCCGCUGCGGGCGCACCGACAAGGGGGUGCAUGCCGCCGGCAACUACGUGUCCUUGACUCUGCGGCUAAAGCCCGGCUCUGAAUCUGGGACGGAUGCAUUUGACUACCCCAGCAUUCUUAAUGGCGUGCUGCCGUCCGACAUCAGGAUCUUGGCCGCGGCGCCUGCGCCGAGUGGCUUCGACGCUCGCUUCAGCUGCCUGUUCCGAGCGUACCAGUACUACUUUCCACAUGCUGGGGAAGACCUCCAGAAAAUGCGGGAAGCAGCUGCUUACUUCGUGGGCGAGCACGAUUUUCGAAACUUCUGCAAAAUGGAUGUCGAGAACAUCACGAACUACCGUCGGCGGGUGCUGUCGGUGUCUGUGCGGCCACUGAGCGAUGGUGUGGCCGAGUUCGCCGUCACUGGCGUCGCGUUCCUUUGGCAUCAGGUUCGCUGUAUGGCGGCCGUGCUUCUCCUUGUGGGCCAAGGCCUAGAGCAGCCCAGCGUCGUCCAGGAGCUACUGGACGUGGAGCGCUACCCGCGCAAGCCGCUGUACGAGCCGGCCGAUGAGUCUGGCUUGGUGCUUCGCGACUGUGGUUUCGAGGGUGUCGACUUUGCGCCCAGCUCGCCUAAGCCAGCAGGAGAAUCGGGACUUCCAACCCCGUCCUGCGCUGCGGACACUUUCCGGAACCUUCGGGACAGGCAGCUGCGAGCCUCGGCAGUCGCGAGUUGCCUGUUGGCCGCCUGCGGUGGUGAACCGCCCAACGCAGAGCGCGAGGGCAAGCGCAAGCAUGUGCCGCUGCUGCAGCGGCCCGGCUGCCCCACGCUGCAGGAGAAGCAACAGGCCCUCGAAGCCCGGCGGCACCGGCGGAAGCUCACCGAGGGUGAGGAGGCCAAAGCGGAGCCUGCAGCGUGA